AUGCCAGAAGUCGCUUCCGAGGGAAAACGCAUCCGAGAUAAGCUGAUCAUCAGAGUAUCAGAAACUACACCAUCUACUGCGGUGAUGCUGAUGAAUGGAAAGGAAUCUCGACUACGUUCUGACCAGGAGCAUUCCUCAGCCAGAUAUCCGAAAGUCUUUACCUCUUUUGGAUGUCGCGUUCGACUCUGUCCACCGUCCAGUUCUUCAAAAUACGGUUCUUCUCAGCUUCAAGAUACGGUUCCACAAGAGAAACCGAGGAGUUCCUCCUCGAUCGAAGAUCGACACGGCAGGGCUGAAGGACGAAGAGAGGAGAAAGAAAUUUCGCCACCGUGUGUCCAUUCAUGUUGGAGUAUAGACCAAGAAGAAGCUUUGCAAUGCAGACUUCUUCACAAAGUGUAUCCAGAACGCUCGCGGUUUCCACGAUAUCUCUGUGUGUUGCUUGCUGCUCCAGGAAACACACAUCCGAAAUGGCCGACCAUCGGUAUCAGAAACUACAUUUUCUACUGCGGUGAUGCUGACGAAAGGAGGGUGGGUGGCAACGCGACAGCUGGGAGGAAGGACUAUAACAAUCUGGUGGAGCAAUUUGACUCAGCGUCGCCUAGACGGGCCUCAUCAUCGCCUCCACGUUUAAGAGGAAUCAGGCAGCUCGUGGAUGGGUCGACCCUUUUAAUGGCUGAAGAGCAGCGGAAGUGGAAGAUGAGAACUCAUAUUCAGAGCUGUUUGGGACGCGCGUUCGACUCUGACUACCGUCCAGUUCUUCUUAGCUUCAAGAAACAGUACCACAAAAGCGGUACCACAAGAGAGUUCCUCUUCAAUCGAUGCUCGACAUGGCAGCCAGGAAGAGCAAGAGAGAGGGAAGCUACGUCGUCAGCUGCAACAAUAUCGCGAAAACGGAUGGAUAUCAAGAGUGAGAGAAUUCUAAACGGCAUAGGAGGACAAAAACCCGAAGAAGGACCAUUGCUUAUGGAGUUGCUGUCGAGAGCAAGAGAAGAAGAGCAAAAAGAUCGCAUACGAAAAGUAGCCUUUGGAAGCCUAUGCUGUGGAUACGAAAAAAGUAAAACAAAGCCAGAUUUAGAAAGUUUCUGCAAGUUUUUCGCAAUACAAGAAUUUAUGGAAGACAGAGGUGCCGAUCGAAAGAGCAAAACUAACACUUCCACAUGGAUACAAGUUGAAUUAACCUGA